GCUGACGUAACCGCCGUAGCCCUGCCACACAACCGGCGGCGGUACGAGAUCCGAUGCCAUUGGAGAUGCGACCAUCCGACAACAACGAUGGCAACGACAAUGCAGUGAUUCCUGUCGAGAUCAGCGAGUCCGUGGGGUCGUACACGGCCAAGCUCAUGGACGACGCUGCGAUUCAAUCGCUGCGCCGCGAGUUGCGCGCGUACGAGGCCAGCAUUGCACAGGAUGGCCACAUGAAGGAGUUUGUCGCGACCAAGCCGACCAAAGUCAGUCGCAUUGAGUUGCGCCAGCUUCUUCCCUGCCGCAGUAACAACGACGACGACGCGGUCGCGAUCGAGCAUCCGACCGCACCGUCAACUGUCGACGGCACACCAGUUGCACGACCAUUGCGACCCCACAGGAACAGCGUGAUUCGACGCCGCGACUCGUUUGCCACCGCCAUGGUUAAACACCACCUUGGGUUCGACCCGCUCAUGCAGACAGAUGACGAAUCCUCUGACAAGCACCGUGCAGAAGAAAGCACAAUCACUCCCCGUCGCCCUGCGUCUGCCAUCACCUCCCAUAACCACAAGGCGGCGCUACCGACUAAACCCGCUUCGCGCUCGCGUCCAGCCACAGUCAACGUGAGCAGCGGCGCGGCGCGGCAGCGACCUUUCGCUCAAGUGCACAAGGAGGAGAAAGUAGCAUUGCAGGCGCUCGAAGCUCAGUACUCUGCGGCCAAGGACAUGGUGCUUCGGCACAUGGAUCGAUGGGGGGUACGUACUCGCCCCGACGGAGACAUCAGUUCCUCUGUCUUUUCAAAGUUGAACAAGUUCGAUGAAAAGCUCGGAUUCCAACACCCCGAGGACACCGACAAUCGAAAGUCCCCCCGCCCCCAUCGACCGCCCCCCCAACUCACUUCGCAUUCGGCUCUGCCACACAUGACGACAGGGUCGCGCCCCCACCAUCGUCAACCACCGUACAAAUAACGUUAGAAUUCUUUUGGGU